CCCGCGUAGCGCCAUUUUGAAAGUGCAAAGCUUGGAGGAGGCAGAUGCGAGGGAAAUCUCAAAGUGCAGUGCAAAGUCUGUAGACCAGCACUGAACGCUGUGUGUUAGUCUUUUCUGUGUUGUAAAAAAGUAGCUCCGUGGUUUAUAAGCAACCGUUGGACUGACGGCAUUUGGAGUUAGCAGCAGCCUCAUUCCUCCACUGCUCCUCGGUCAGAACCACCCAACCGACCCGGGUCAGCAGUACUGCUUCAGUCCAGGGCCUGAACCUGCUACAGAGAGCCCAGUCCCUCACCAUGGCAGGUAAAAGAAAACUGUCAGAACGGCCCGGGGGUGGGAGCAGCGAUGUGCAGUGGUGCUUCUCUCAAGUCAAAGGAGCGAUGGAUGACGAUGUGGCUGAAGCUGACAUUAUAUCUACUGUUGAAUUCAAUCACACUGGGGAGCUGCUUGCCACUGGGGACAAAGGAGGCCGUGUUGUCAUCUUCCAGCAGGAGCCAGAGAGUAAGAACCAGCCACAGUGCAGAGGAGAGUACAAUGUUUAUAGCACCUUCCAGAGCCAUGAGCCUGAGUUCGACUACCUGAAAAGUCUUGAGAUUGAAGAGAAAAUCAACAAAAUUCGAUGGUUACCUCAGAAGAAUGCAGCACAGUUCCUUUUGUCCACAAAUGAUAAAACUAUCAAGCUGUGGAAAAUUAGUGAGCGAGACAAGAGACCAGAGGGCUACAAUUUGAAGGAAGAAGACGGGCGAUACAGAGAUCCUAAUUCUGUCACAACACUACGGGUACCGGUGUUGAGGCCCAUGGACCUGAUGGUGGAAGCCAGCCCCAGACGAGUGUUUGCAAACGCUCACACGUACCACAUCAACUCCAUAUCAGUCAACAGUGAUCAUGAGACCUAUCUGUCUGCAGACGACCUGCGCAUAAACCUCUGGCAUCUGGAGAUCACCGAUCGCAGCUUUAAUAUUGUUGACAUAAAGCCAGCUAAUAUGGAGGAGCUGACAGAAGUGAUCACGGCCGCAGAGUUUCACCCCGACCAGUGCAACACUUUUGUUUACAGCAGCAGCAAGGGAACCAUCCGCCUGUGUGACAUGAGGGCAUCAGCACUGUGUGACCAGCAUGCCAAAAUGUUUGAGGAGCCAGAAGAUCCAAACAACCGUUCAUUCUUUUCUGAAAUCAUCUCGUCCAUCUCCGAUGUCAAGUUUAGCCACAGUGGACGCUACAUGAUGACGCGAGACUAUCUGUCCGUCAAAAUUUGGGAUCUGAACAUGGAAACCCGACCAGUAGAGACAUAUCAGGUGCAUGAAUAUCUCAGGAGUAAGUUGUGUUCACUUUAUGAGAACGACUGCAUUUUUGACAAGUUUGAAUGCUGCUGGAAUGGCAAUGACAGCGUUGUGAUGACUGGUUCCUACAACAACUUCUUCAGGAUGUUUGACAGGGACUACCGACAGGACGUGACCUUCGAGGCGUCACGGGAAAACAGCAAGCCGCGGUCGGUCCUGAAGCCUCGCAAAAUAAGCACAGGUGGGAAGCGCAAAAAGGAUGAGAUCAGUGUAGACAGUCUGGACUUUAACAAGAAGAUCCUCCACACUGCCUGGCAUCCGCUGGACAACAUCAUUGCUGUGGCCACCACCAACAAUCUGUACAUAUUCCAAGAUAAACUGAACUAAAGUCCAUUAACCCACUCAGAUCCCAAUUUCUUCUUUUGCCCUCUUUUGCUCUCGGAUUAAAACAAAAUCCGUCUUAGGCCAAGCCCCUAAAACUUGAUCAAAUCUGUCCUUUUAAUUAUGUGAGAAGACUUGCUUUGUAAAUGGUGCCACACAUCCAGCCAGGCCAUAAAAAAGCAUCAUAGUGGGCUGUUAGUUUCUUCCAUUAGAAGCACUCCAUCCAUCGAGCUUCCAUUUGUAACUCCACUACAUCCCAAACCAAAGGGAAAAUCUACAUUUUAUUGCUUGCUCGUGCCAUAUUGACAUGAUUCAUUUGUCUGUUAUUCCUACUAGUUAACUUUCUGUUAUUUUUGGUUUAGUCUUUCUGUCACCAAGUUCAUGUUUGUACUGCCCUGAUUCAUCAAUACAAAGCUGUCAAGUCUUUCAUUUCCCCAACAAGUAUCAAGUUGCCAAGUUCUUUCCCUAUGUACUGUAUGAUUACUGUUAAAGGACUAAUUUAGCAUUUCAUUAUGUUUAGCUCAUUGUCUAAAAAAAAAAAACUUUGGAUAAAUGAUAUCAAAGCUAACAGAGUACAAAUAUUUCUGAUUUGUUUGUUUUUUUUUAAAUGUUGACUCAGAUGCUUGUUUACAUUCAUCUCUCUUCUUUAAGAAAAUCUCCUGGGUAUGAUUUUACAUUUCUAUAACACAUUGUAUCGAGUGUUUUAGCCAUUUGCUUCGAUAUAGGAUACAUCCCACAAACAACUUCGAUUCCUCCAAGAGCAGUCUGUUAAAGCGGGCUGUCAUUCGAGUUUAAUGUUCACCACACUCUCAUUCAAGCGUGCCCAUAUCGGUGACAGAGCCAUGAGAUGUCCUUGAAAUUUUUAUUCACUCAGGUUAUGGGACAGCACUAGAGAAAUGGGUGUAAAACCAAAAUGUAUGACAGGUUUUCUUACAGAAGUGUGUUAUAUCACUGUAAUUCUGCUGUGGUUGGGUUUGUAGUAAAUGGAAGUAGGUGAAAUGUUCCUUUUCUACAUGUGUCAGUUUUGUCAUGCUGCUCUCAAACUGUUUGAUUUCCAUUUCCCCAGGCCAAGCUUCAUCUGCCUGUCAAACCAUCCUUUUUCAUGGCAUUGCGUAUUGUACAGAUAAAGUGUAGAAAGAUCAGCAGAGGUGCACUUAUCUGGCUGAUAUGAGCUGAACUGCUGAUACAAAUGUUAUUUGACUUUAGGUUUUUAUUUUUUAUUUUAUUUUUAUUUCUUUUUUUAUACUUUGAAUAGCAGAAAAAUGUUGCAGUUUUUUUUUUUGUGAUAAAUAUAACAGUUUUUAAUCCAAAAGAAAAUUAAGUGCAGCACAGUAUGUACUGUUGGUUAAUGUAUUAUUUAGACUGAAAAUAAUUGGGAUUCUGAGUUUGAAUUUUGGGAGGCGAGAUUCUGUUUUCAUCAGUGUUUGACCUGCUAAUCGCCACCCGAACUGAUCAAGAAAAACAUUUUCUGAUUCCAUCUCUGUUAAUCUUAAGUUUCCCAUCACUUCCACUUAAGAUCAGAAGGGAAAAGGUUUCAGACAGAAAAGCUUUCCAUAGAAGUCUGGAUACUGCUCUCACUUAUUUGAUGUGAUUCUUUGCCUAACUCUUAGAUCUUACCAAAUAAUGUUUUUGGGAAAAGUAUUACAAAUAUCACUCUACCAUAAUUUGCCAUGGAGGUUUUUUGUUGCAUCAAAUGAUGGCUGAUCAUGCCAAAGUAUCUUGUCUUUAUACACAACAAAGAUAAAGCUCUCUUGCAGACAAAGUGCCCCUGAUCCAGCAGGUCCAGCCUUGCAGUUGUGUGGGCAACCAUGCUUAACUCAGGACAAAAACCUGUGUGUUAUACAUAUAUAUAUAAAUAUAUAAGAUGAUUCCCUGUGCCCCCAUUUUUACUCUUGUGUGGCCUGUGGCACCAAAACGCUGUGCUGCUCCCAGCUCACCUUCAGUGUAUGUUGUGUUGCAGAAAAAUUGUUUAUCAUCUGCAUCUAGAUUUUAUUUGUAGAUUUUUCUAUAUAAGAAAUGUUUUGUACUGUACCUGAUAAAAGAAGAAGAAGAAUCACUAUAGCUGAUUUAUUUUUGUAUAAAUUAGGGCAAUAUCAUUACAGUCUAAUCACUGUAGUUUCUUUACCUAUCUGCCUCAGGCUUACUGUGCAGGGCAGGUCAUUAGAAAGUCAGGAUUCCCUUUGCUUUUUGCCCGUUAUAACAGGUAGACGCAUCAAAGGAGUGCAUCAGGUAUGAAGCGGGGUGCCCAAAGAGAAGUAUUUUCAGGUGUCAGUACCUCCUGCCUGAUGAUGAGCACUAUUACUGUACCCUGGCCAACUAUGUAUUUUUUGUUUUUCAAUCUAACUUAUGUAGAGGGUUCAGCGUUUUCAUUUCAUGUGAAUCUUACUAUUUGGUUUAUGUGCCAUAGUUUUGCUUGAUGAACAAUUCCUCUGGUUGUGAAAGACUACAUUGAAACGGCAUUUUCAUCCUCUUUGCGGCUAGCCAGGUCACUUGACUACGUGGAGCGAUGAUUGUUGAUCUAUGUGGCACGUGCGGCUCUCUUUUGCAGACUUAUUUAAAGAGAAUCUGUGAAGCACUUCAUGUGCGGCUUGGCGUCGGAGAAGAGGGUCACCAGUUUAAGCUAAAGCUCCAUGCGUUGCCUGCUCCAGCUCACGGUCCAUGUUGCGUAGAAAACUUGAUGGAACUGCGACUGUACGUUUUCUAUGAACAGUCAAAAUGUCACAAAGAAGGUACAGGUUAUCUUUUCCAGUUCACAAACAAUACGUUGAUGUUUUUAUUCGGGCACUGAGCUUCUUUGUCCACUGGAUCAUAUUUGUGAAAGUGAAUGUCACUCUGUUCUCAGUAUGAUUAACAACUAAUGUUGAGUUCCAGUCUCUCAGGGUUCUGGGUUGUGUCUUUUGAUAACAAGAUAAGUUUCUAGUAUUUUUAUUUUGUGCAACUUUCUUUUGUUUUUGUAAUGCAAACUUUGUAUUUUGCCUGUUUUUUCUUUCUGGAUAAAUGAAUCUUUUCUAUUUCAACUUCUUUCUUCCAUUUAUUGAGCGAAUCUCCAUCUUGUUUUAAAAUAGAAAAUAAGCGAUAUAACAUUCUUGUGCAUAAUAAUGCAUCAAGAAACUGCUUACCAAUAGAAACUGGUAUUAAUCCGAGCAAUUAAUAAAAACCCUUUCAUCAUUCUCCCUACGUUGUCUUAAUACAAGCUGUCCUUCGAGGCUCUAAUGAAAACAACAAAGAUGUUCACAAUAACCCUGUUGCCUUUCUUUUAGAGCAUUACCAAUAAAUAAGAUAAUAAUCAGUUACACUUGUGAAACCUUCUGGUUCACCCAGACUGCUCAGGGGAAUCUUCUGCUGCUCUGUCCCAAACCUUGCACCUUCAAGAAAAUGGGAUUAUCAGAACUGAAACAAAAACUUCUAUUUUGCUGUAAAUCACCUUUUUGUUUCUUUCUCUCCACAGAUGGCUUUGAUGCACAACCCCAGGUUAUUAAGUAGAGUUUCCCAGUGUGCACAUUGAUUGUGCAUUUCAUUUUCUAGAGUCGAGUUAAACGAUUUUGUCCACUUGAAGGAGCAUUAAAACAUGUCUGAUGUAUCACAAGAAUGGUAAAACAAAACACACGUCGUUUCUUUUCUGUGAAUUUCAUUAUUUUUUGUGUGCGUUUUAUUUCAAGGGGAUGAAGAGUUUUGGAGAUCUGUUUGGGAAUAACUACGUAUUGUUCACUGUACAGAGUUGUUUGUCAAAUGAAAUAAGGUACAGUAUAGAUAACAUGUAAUAAGGAAUUUCACAUUUGAAUAAUUAAAUUACUGUGCUACUUUA